UCGACUCGCCGACUCCAAGUGCGCAAGACCCGGCUCAGAACACGCUAUCUAAACAACUUUUCACUGUCUGAAACCGGCACUCUAGCGAGCAACAGGUCAACCAACCCCUUACACACCAAACACCGGCCGCAAACAAGAAUUUUAUCGUCGCGUCGAACCCUAACAGGAAAAACCACAUUUUCCGAGUUUUCCCAGUAGAAAACACCACGAGGAAUCGGUCCAGCAAAAAGUUUUUCGCCGAAAACGCGUAUAUACAGCUUGCGAUAUCGCCAGAUUGUAGGUUUUCCAGAUAACGCUUUUCCGAGGCUUUCCUAACAUGUUCGCGCAGUGUGCGUUAUAGUGAAACUGUGAAUUUGCAUUUUCUGGAUCGUAUUUGGACUGAUUUUCACCUAUUUUCCGGACACGAUGGAAACUUUCGCUAUUGACAAACCGUUUUGCGAUAUUGUGUCCAGCGAUGAACUCAGAGAAUUGUGGGAAACGGAUUUGGAUCCGACGAUGCAAGACGUGCUCAGACUCCAUUCCUCAGGCGAUCUCAGCAUAGAAUGGAGCCACUGCGACAAAGAAAUUCCUGGUGUUAUAAUCCACGAUAAACUGAUGACAGAAUCUGCCUUCGGACAUGCCACCCUCCUGAGACCCAUCAAAAACGAACAUUCCUACAGCCUGAACUCAGAAGGUGGCUCUUUGCCAAAUUCACCUCAAUCGUACAAAAAAGAUGGCAGUUCAACGAUCUCUAAGGACACAGUAAAAACAGAAAAAAACAAGACACAGAACGUUACAGAACUAGAUGCUAGACUUUUAGAGAUGUAUGGCACAAGACUUGAGAUGUUUUUCAGAGACAUGGAAGACGAGUGUUUUCCAGCGAUUUCAAUGAAGAAAGCCUGUGGAAAACUGAACGAUAUGGAAGACGAAAUAGAAGAAGAUAUCGACAUCAAAGAUGAACCAAUGAGCGAAACCGAAAGUAUCCAUUCUUCAUGUCCAUCGUCGCCACAGUCUAUCUUACAAACUACAAGUGACCUUCAAUUCAAUAUAGAUAUAAAAGAAUCCCAAAAUCUCCUCAGACAAUCAGGACUGGUCAUAAACGCCGCAAACACACUAACCCCACAGAGGAUAACACAGAUCCCCAAACUCAGCAUACGACUGGAACCCACCACGACCACGCAGAGCUUCCAAUUGCCUCCCACGCCACCCUCGUGUAGCAGCAGUAGCGAUGACAGCGAAGAUAACGUCACCGUAUCGCCAGUAUCAGUUCCCAAGAAGAGCAGUUUGGCCUCGACCGCCAGGUUGCUGUUGAACCACCACACGACAAGGCAGCCAAUCCACACGCAUCUGAUCAGCUCUCAGCCGAAAGGAUCAACGGGUACCCUCAUCCUCACAGAGGAAGAAAAGAGGACUUUAAUAGCAGAAGGUUAUCCAGUUCCUACACGCCUGCCACUGACGAAAGCUGAAGAGAAGUCCUUGAAGAAAAUAAGGAGGAAAAUCAAGAACAAGAUAUCAGCUCAAGAGAGUCGAAGAAAAAAGAAGGAAUACAUGGACCAGCUAGAAAGGAAGGUUGGUCUGCUAGUGACUGAAAAUAACGAAUACAGGAAGAAGAUCGAAGACUUCCAAGACGCCAACACCUCCCUCUUGGCGCAGCUCCAGAAACUCCAAGCUAUAGUGGCCAAAACGCAUCCCCAUCUCAAGCUAGAAAGUAUUUGAAAGAUUCCGAGAUAAUUAUAAAAAUUUAAUUUAUUAUUUAGAAAACGCUGAACGACAACACGUUUGGCGCUUUCGAGAUAAUUCUAGAUAGUGUACGCGUUUAAAAUGUGGUAGUAGGCGGCGUUAAGUUUAGAUAGAAAUGGUUGUCCCCAUGGUUCCGUGUUGGAUCCUGGAAACUUCGCGCGCAUUGCGAUAAUGAUACUACGAGAUUAUUUUUGUACAACCCUUUAUGUCUAGAAUCCACCACUGAACUUGUGUAUACUGUCUUCCAAAAUAUGAGUUUAAUAAUGUUAAGGUGUAAAUUUAAUACAUUCCGAACACCAAAGUUGAAAUAUUAUAUUCGUGUGUUGAUUUUAUGUUUGGAAGGAAGAUAUUAUGGAAUAUUUGUCGAUGGAUUAUACGGGAUGAGCAAUAGUGUUGGUUCGACUGGCUACAAUAUUAUGCGCUAGACCAAGUUCUGAAAAAAAAAUUGUGUUCGAUGAUUUUUCAAAAAUUAAUAUUUAAAUAUAAAAAUCUAAUUUCAAUAAAAAAUUCUUUCAGAAAUUGUGUGAUUUUUUUCAGAUACGCCAAAUAUUUUUUAAUCCAGCUAUUCAUUUAUUUUUAAAGAGAGUGAUGCAGUAGGUACCAUCAAAAGAAAAACACAAAACAAUAAAGACCACUUCUAAUUUCGCUGUCACAUACUUUUCAUAAAUUUCUUAUAGAAUUUUUUCCACGAUUUUCAGAAGACUCUAUAAGAUUUUAAAGUCAGUCGUAGGUCAAGUUUUUUUUCAGUUAUCUGACAGUGCUAAAAACAGUGGCGACGCCAGGAGGGGCCCGGGCCCCCCCUGAAAUUUUGCUGCCCCCCCCCCUAAAGUUUGCCAUAGUAAGGCAUAUAGAUUAGCAGAACUAUAAUUUCGCUUUACUUUGCCCCCUCCCCAAAAAAAAAUUCGGCCCCUCUUGGCCACCCUUGUUUUUGAAAGUAAUGUCGUUUUUAACCUAAAAACGACAUAUUACUUUCAAAAUCAAACAUCAUGUAAAAAAAAACAAUUACAACAUAACAUAAAAGAGAUAUAUCUGGAUUAUUGUCUUACAUUUCAUAUCAAUGUUACACAGUGUCGACGCUAGGGGGGGGGCAGGGGGGCCCAGCCCCCCCUAAAAUUCUGCCCCCACCCCCCUUAAAUUUGACAUACUAAGGCUAAAAGAUAAGCAGAACUAUAAUAAUUUUGCUUUACUUUGGCCCCCCCAAAAAAAAUCUGGCCCGCUCUUGGCCACCCCUGUUUUUGAAAGCUGGCGUCGUUACUGUCCCAACAUCAAAAAAAUAUAUACAACAGUCUAACCAACAAUUGCCCCUCCUCUAUACAUUCACAAGAGUGUUAAAUGUACUUAACUGUAUUAUAAUAUAUACGAAGAUAUAUAUUAGUGCCUUUCAAAUGCGAAGUGUUAUAAAUUUUAUUGAAAUUAUUGUAUCAAUAGGUAAACGUGCAUUCAUCGAAUCAAAUGAAUAUUAUAUUUAUAUAGAAGAGAGCUUUGAUGCUCAUUUAACUUUUUGAGGUGUAUAUAAUGAAGUUUAAUCUAUCCAAGAAGAGAACUAACUGCUUUCGAAGUAUUAGGAGAUAUUGGGAUAUUAAGAAUAGAACAACGUUAUUGUCAAAUUCAAUGUUUUAUGUUAGGUAAAUUGUUUUUUCAUAGGUAAUUUUUUUGGUUAAUAUUGGAUUUUUUUCAAUAAAGAUAUCUUUUAUUUCAAAAUUCCAUUUUUUUUUUCAAUAUCAAAACCAGAGUUCUAGUUAAAAAAAUCCAAAUUUGUUUAUAUUAGCAGGAUAAUCAGCUUAAAUAAAUCCUGAAGUUUGUGGUAAGCCUUAGUCACUGCAACCAUUAUGUUUCUUUGGUAAAUAUCGGGUUUUUUUGUCAAUAAAGAUAUCUUUCAUUUCAAAAUUCCAUUUUUCGUUUGAUAUCGAAACCAGAAGUUAAAAAAAUUCCAAGGGAGUUUAUAUGAGCAGGGUAAUCAGCUGAAACCAUUAUGUUAUUUAAGUCAAUGUUUUGAGAAGAACCCCAGACCAAAUUGUUAUGGAACACAUUUCAAUGUGUAAUAAGAUAUAGGAACUAAGUUCUCAACAUUUUUUUCUUACAAUAAUAACGUAAGUUUUUUCCUCAGUUCUUUUUAUGUGUUCUUGGAUAAAGUGCAAUUAGCAAAGUUGGUGCAAUCAUUGAAAAAAUUCCUUAUUUGUAUCUCCAUACUUUAAAACGUUGUAAUUUUUUCAAACGGAAAUAUAAAACGAUAAAAAAGUCGUUGAGGUGAAUUUUUUUGUAAACAGAGUAAAAUUAAAGAGAAACAAUUGUCAACCAAUGGUGAGAAUAGUAAAACUAAAAUUCAUUAAUAUUUUUUUCAUUUCAUCAAAUGUGUGACUAUUUUUAUGAAGUUCUUCAUCUCCAUUUUAUAAAUAUUAAAAUUUUGCCGUCAUUUGGUUCAUUUCUUUAGAUUUAUUUCGAACCUGACAAUUUUUCCUUAUAUUUUACGACUGAAAAUGAUAUAAAAUCCAAACUGUUUUCUUAUGAUUUGAAAGUGAGAAACGACCAGGCAAGUUACCUGCAAUUAUUGCAGGUUUUUACAUUGACCAAUAUUUUUAUCAUUGUGUAAAUGUAUUAAAGAAAAAUUCUUAA